UUUUCGCGCCAAUUUCCAUCAUUUGACAUAAACUGCCAACGGAUGCACAGUAGUAAUGUAAUUUCCUAAAUCUUUUCGGCUUUGUUUAACUCGUGCUAAAACUAACAAAAUAAAAUAUACAAAUGUAAUUAAAUUAAUAAUUGUGAAUCGGGAAAUUAGUCCGAAAGUGACCGUAAAUACACCGUGGCUGACCUCUUUCUGGUUAGUAGCAAAUGUCAAUGCGAUAGCAAAGUUUUUUAGUUUAUAUUUUUAUUUGUAUAAACUCGUAUAUUGAUGUGUAAUUAGAUUCAUCCUAUCUUGCUUGCUGCUUUUUAAAUUAUUGCCUAAGUAAAAAGCUUUUAAAUUGUAUGCUUUGCUAAGUGUAAAAAUGACUGCAUUAAAUCCAAAAGAAGUAAAUGAUUUAAUUAGUGUUGCUGAAAGCGAUAAUGGAUCUAGAUUAGUUGCCGCUGAUAUCCAAAAUGUAAAAGCCCCACGUCCAGACUCGAAACUAAUUCUGCAAAAUAUGGAAGAAGUGUUAAAUUCUGUAAAAAAGAAACAUCGACAAAAACACAAAAGAAAAAGGGAGCAGAAAAAACUAGCACAAAUGGAAGCAGCAGCUGUAGCUGUGGCAACCGCAGAACUAGAAAAGGUGGAGGAACAUGAAGAACCAAAGUUUGUCAAGAAAUCAAAAGAUAAACAUUCGAAUAAAGCUAAAAAAGAACGUGGCGACCGUGUAAAAACAAAACCAUUACAAGAGAAGACGGUUCAGGAAAACGGACAAAGUGUUUCUCCCGAUUGCGCUCAAAAGAAAAGAUCUUUGGACAGUAAAAGUCCAUUGAAGAAUGCUUCCAUGAAUGGAGAUAUAUUGCGUCACUUCCAACGAACUCCAAAGAAAAAUCAACAGACUGCCGAUGAAAUAGGAAACAUAUCGGAAUCUAAAGUGGUUGCAAAUGAAACAUCAACUGGCCUAAAUCAGCAAAAAACAAUGAAUGCUUUUGAGGUUAUGAUGAACGCUAGAAAUAAAGCGAUCGGUUCAAAUACACCUGGAAAAGAGACGUCACCGACAACAAGUCAAGAAUCAACAGUUAAUACCAAACGUAAGCUAAUUCUUCAAGAAUGGGCCGACAAGAAAGGAGGCACAAAACGUAAAUUGGAUGAAGAAGCACGCGCUGCAUAUGUUGAUCACCAAUUGGAGAAUCGUGCGAAGCGGUUCAAACAAAUGCUUGUGAAUGGUGUUUCGCCUAAACAGGAUAGUAGUUCCACAAACCGAACAGCAAGUGAUAAAAGAAAAACAAAAAAAGCCGAUUCGACGGUUACUGUAUCGAAACAGAACAAAGAAAAACCAAAAUGUCGGAAGCGAACAAUAGUGCGUCCUGAUUCGAGUGAUUCUGUUGAUGGAAAUAUAGAAAUUGUAAAGGCGGACUCGGACACAGAAGACUUUUUAUCCAAACUUAGUUCCCCGACAAAAAAACGAGAUAGCCUUUUGGGAUAUUUUCCAAGAAAAGAGUCGCCUACAGAAAUCGCUGCCAAAACUUCAAAAGAGUCACCGAAAGAAAUUGAUACUACAAUCUCAAAAGAGUCAUUAGCAAAAGAUAAAGUUGACUAUAAAACUGAAACUCCAAAAUCACGUCGGCGAAAUAGGAAAAUUAGUACCGAACUAAUUGCUUCAACUACUACACCAGUGAAAGAAAGCAGCGCUGUGGCAGUACUACCAAAUGUGGGAGAUUUGGGAAUCGAAAACACACCUAGUGGUAGACCGAAGCGUUCUUGUGCGGGAAAAGCUCGUUAUGAUUAUGACUUAGAACAGAGUCCGAGUAAAUUGUCUUCUACGAAAAAAGGUGUUUUGGCUUCGAGAAAAGAUGAAACAUCUAUAGAUGUAGAAAUAAUCAAUUUGGACGAUAGUAAUAUGUCAACGCCCGAAAAAAUGUCCAAGAAAUUGGCGCCACUUUUCGUACGUUCAAUACCAAAACCUAGCCCCGAUCCGGUUGCAUUAAAGGCGAAGCACGAUUUUCUGAUGUCGGGUGUGCCUGAGAAAAUGCGUUUAGAAAUGGAAAAGCAAAAGCAGUAUGAACAAAAUUAUGAAGAAGUGCUGGACUAUUUUCCUCGUAUUUGUCAUGUUCAACAAUUAAGUGCUGAUGAAAUGUUAUUUUUACAAAAUAAAGUACAUUACACUAUGAAACUAAACAUAAAUGAAGACGAUUUAGAGCUGAGCAGAAGUGUCGAAGUGGAAAAAGUGAGAAAUUCAAAAACAGAUAAGCGAAAAUCUCGGAGCAAUACAGGCAGCACAAAACGAUUAAUAGUUAAUAAACAAAUAGCAUCUCCAUUUGAAGCUUUGUUGCCAACACUUGAAAAUAAACGGUCUAUAAUAAAAUUGUGGAAGUCCCAAUUUGAUCGCUUUCCCACAUUUAAAUGCUAUAAUCAAAUGCGCGAAAAAUAUCGAUUUUUUAGUGCUCUAGACUCCGCACAGGAUAUGGAACAGGUGAGCGAGUCGUUUGUGGUAACUCGUCGAACGCAACGCCAACGUAAUUUGGAACCAACAGGUGCUACUUCAGAUCAAGAUGAGGUGAAACCGCCCCCGACUGCACCAAAUGGUGAACUCUUAUUCACUGAGAAAUACAAACCAAUGCUGGUGGAACAGGUGCUGGUAAAUCUCGUGCCUGUAACCCAAUUGCGUGACUUCCUUUCUACUUGGGCCAAUGGCAAUGGUGGAAGUGCGCGAAAUUCGCAAUCCAUUGAUGAUUCAUUCGAUGUAUCGAAUGACUCAAAUUGCAGUCUCAGCAAUGUAAACGGCAAUGCUGUGGUGCUUCUGGGUCCGGUAUCAAGUGGCAAAACGAAUGCCGUUUACGCCCUGGCGAAUGAUAUGAAUUUCAAUGUGCUUGAAAUAAAUGCUGGCAUGAAGCGAACAGGGAAACGUUUGAUACAAGAACUGCAGGAAGCAACGCAAUCACACCAAAUUCGUAAAGACUCGACGCCCACACAAAGUUCGAGUAAAGCGCAAAAGAACUUACUCCGCAUGUCGCUGAAUGGCAAAAAGUUAAUGAAACAAAAUUCUCAGAGCCACUUGGACGGUGAUAGUAGUGUCAGUUGCAAUGGUGAUAUGAAUCAAAAUUCGCGGAAAUGUCUCAUACUUAUCGAAGAUGCGGACGUAGUAUUCGAUCAAUUAGACAGUGGUUUCACCGAUGCCAUUUACACAUUGGCAGCCUGCUCAAAGCGACCUGUAAUUGUCAUGGCAACGAAUCCCAAUUGCCAGCACCUCCAACGGCUAAUGAAUCAGAAUAUAAUAUAUUUUACGCCGCCAAACGCUCUGAACAUUUCCCGCUUCAUGGCUGUUCUAUCAUUGAUAGAAAAUUGUCCAAUUAACUUGGACGACUUAGUCUCUUUAUAUUUGUAUAAUGGAAAAGAUCUGAGAAGAACGCUGUUGGAACUGCAGUUCUUCAUACAAAGCGGUGGUGAUCGUACGAACAUGGUAUCAUCAACUACUCCGACACGUCAGCACACACCACAAAAGGGUGAGGGCGCUAAUCGUGAUUUAGGUUUCUAUGCAUCGCCCACAAAACGCAGUCUUUCAGUUGAAGACACCGCGCAGCAGUCACAGGAACCUGAUGAACAACUCAGUAAAGAUCGCUUGAAUGUGAAAGGGGGCAGUAAAGAAAAUCCCACCAACGAUGUAUACGUUCAUCGUUCAUUGUUUGAAUUUUUCACUGUCAACCAGAAUGAAAAAUGGCGUAUACCGUUUCCCGUUGACUUCAGUUUACUGCGGGUAAACUUAACGGAUGUUUUUCAGUGCUCUCAGCUCUUGCAAACACCUGAGGGCAGUGCAGGUGAGAAAACCGCCAAAGUCAGUGAUAAGGAUGGUGACAGAAAUGGUGUAACCAAACGCAGAACACGCACACCAAAGCGAAAUGCGCUGAACAAUUCCUCAGCCAAUGCUGAAGUCAAACAUCAACAGGAAUCUAAAACACCGCUUGAACGCAUGUGUGACUUUUAUGAAAGCAUUUCUAUCGGCGCAUUACUGGGCACGCACAAUGCGGACAUGUCGUUUGGUAAUAGCGGAAGGGAUGGCCUCGGAUCAAUUACAGGCGGAAGUGCCGAUUUAAGUGUCGACCGCUUACUGCCCCAUCUCUCCGAGGAUAUUGCACAUGAGAUUGUUGAGCAAGCGAUACAAGUGAAUUUGGCGGCGAAGCCCUGUCCCUACAAUCUCUUCGAUACGCCGAGAGAACGGCUUUCCCUGUGCGACUACAUGAACAACACUGCAAUCAGUUCUCGUAGUCAGCGCACACGUGCCUUGGACGUAGAACCGACAUUGCGUGCCAUAUGCCGCAGCGAGAAACAACGCGCCACGCUUGAGCGGCGCUCAACGCGCUUCUAUCACUACCUGAGGCAUAGCGCAAUUAAUGUUUCCAACUUUUCAACGAAACCCUUCGAUAACGCCUGCACAAUCUUGUCAGAUGCGAUUCCAGCGGACGAAGUGGAACAGCUUUAACGUGUUGAAGACUGACGAGGAAGCUUAGUUUAAAAUUUUCAAAUGUCAAUUGUAUUGCAUAGAAUUUUACUAAUCUCGGUAUUUAGAAAAAUGUUGCUUUUGCGUUAUGAACAAAUUGUAAUGACGCACUAGAGGAAGUAUAAUAUAGUAUGUAUCUAUAAUGGGGCAGCAACAAAAAAUAGCAUAAAUAUUAUUAUUAUAAUUAAGUGUAUUUGAAUGUGCAUUUAUUGGCAUUUUACACUUAUUAACUACAAUAAAUUAAUUUAUAUUUUGUAACGUAAACUAUAUUUAAUGUUAUUAUGUAUAUAAGUACGAAUUCAAACAAUAACAACAACAACAUUUUUUAUAAUGUAAGUGAAGUUAAUAAAUUACAAUUUUUUUUU